UCUAAUUCCAACCAUCCUCUACCUCCCCCCUUUCUUUCAAUUUGUGAUACAUCCCUACGUUGAAAUAUGGAUCCCUCAGAAAAACGUCUGCCAAAGUUGCAGCUUUUUCUGAUUUGUGGGUGCCGAUUUGCAGUAAUGUCCACCUUCACCAUGUCAAAACGGAUCUCGAAAUCUCACGCACGGCUCUCUAGGAACCUGUUAGCUUUAGUCUUCAUAUACCAUUCAUUUAUUUCAUGAUCAGGGAUUUCCAUUUCACGGAUGAAACACAUGUCGGCUAUUACGUAGGCUUGAUCGCAUCCGCAUUUUCCAUAGCCCAAUUGGCUACAGGUAUGCCGUGGGGGAUGCUUUCCGAUCGGAUUGGUCGUCGACCGGUCAUUCUUAUGGGCCUUGCAAGCACGAUUAUCACCGAACUGUUAUUUGGCCUAUCAAAGUCUUAUCGUUGGGCUUUGUUGACGAAGUUAUUCAGUGGUCUUCUUAAUGGCAAUAUCGGAGUGAUGAAAAGUAUGCUCUCGGAAUUGACGACAGGCUAUUCUGAAAUGCGUAGAGCAAGAGCAUUUUCGAUGCUUCAGGUCGUUUUCGGGAUAGGCAGUAUAGUCGGCUCGGCUUUAGGCGGUUACCUAUCUCAACCGGUUCAAAAGUAUCCUUAUCUUUUUAAUGAGGGGAGCUAUCUUACCGAUCUGUUUACCACCUAUCCUUACUUGUUACCUUGCAUUGUGGCUUCAGGCUUAUCAUCCGCUCUGUGGAUAGCUGGAUUCUUAUUCUUACAAGAGACGCUGGCUACCAAGCGAGCAAAAACAGACCCAAGUGAAGCUCCUUUACUUGCAGAUGUGGAUUCAAGUUAUUCUACGUUCGAUGCUUCUCAGGGAGCCAACAAUACGGUUUCAGUCAACCCGCCUCGUUUGUCGCUCAAAGAAGCAUUGACACGCCCUGUAUUGCUCAUCUGUUUCAAUUACGCCUUGGUUUCCUAUCAAAACGUGUUUUAUGAUGAUCUUGUCAGCAUUUGGUCUGCAAGUCGGAGACAUUUGGGUGGAUUAGGCUUGACUUCGGCCGAAAUCGGUACCGCCUUAUCAUUUGGUGGAUGUGUUACGCUAUUCGUGCAAAUCUUUCUCUUCCAUCACCUUACACGCUACUUUGGCUGCUUGAAUUUAUUCAGAAGAGUUCUGUUCUUAAGUAUAUUGGUCUUUUUCACUCACGGGUUUAUUCGCUUGCUGUAUGACGUGCCGGAUUUCUCCGGUGGCUCGGGCUCCAAAUUCUGGGUACGUAUUGGCUUAUUCGUCGGUAUUGCGCUCAAGACAUUGUGUCAAACAGUAGCCUAUACAAGCGGCAUUAUGUUAACCAGCAACGCUGCACCCCGAGCGGAUGCUUUGGGCACGAUUAAUGGAUUUUCUCAAUCGGUCGCUAGUGCCAUGCGAGCCACCGGAUCAGCGUCGUCAGGUUUUGUUUGGUCAACUGCUUUACGGAUGCAAUGGCUUCCUUUAAUGAUUCGAGCACACAUCAGCUGGACUGUACUCGCUUGCAUUGCUUUCAUCACCUUUUUCGUAAGUACGAGACUCAAUCCUUUCAAUUACAAGACGCCCAAAAACCCAGAUGAAGUCAUCAUCGAUACAUCGGACGAGGAUUCCCACAGAUAAGAAAUCUUUAUCCAUCUUACUGCAUUCAAUAAAAUACAAAGAUUUGUACA